UACAGUCUGCGAAUGAAGAAGUCUGCUGGUUGUUAAUUUGUUGGCGUCUUACAUUUUGAGAAAAAGAAUAAUUUCUUCAUGAAGCAGCAUGGAUCAGUUCAGAGGAUUGUUUGUCAAACUGGACCAGAACAAGGAUGGAUUCAUAUCGGUGGCAGAGCUCCAUGACGAGAUGAGGAAGCAUGGGAUCAUCUCAGGAGAUGGAAAGGUCCAGAAUAUCAUUGAUUCUUAUGAUAAAGAUAAAGAUGGCCUGCUGGAUUAUGAAGAAUUCCUCGGCUACAUGAUGGAUAGAGAGAAGAAAUGGAAAAUUCACUUUAAUGACCUUGACAAGAACAGCUGUGGAGUGAUUGACCAGGAGGACAUCAUAUGUUUGUUUAAGGAGUUAGGAGUGGUCAUAUCAAAGCCGAAUGCAAAAAAAAUUAUUCAAAUGAUGGACAAAGACAGGUCCAUGACAGUGGACUGGGAUGAGUUCCUGCACCAUGUCAUCCUCAAUCCUGUGGACAACAUUGGCGAGCUUGUUUCCUCAUGGAAACACAGUCUGGUGUUCGAUGUGGGGGAGAGUCGAGCGAUGCCUCUUGAGUUCCCAGACAAUGUGUCUGGGUUUGGAGCUUGGAGGACGUUUGUUCUAUCAGCAGGUCUGGCUGAUGCAGUGUCCCGCACUGCAACAGCGCCUAUAGACCGACUGAAGACUCAACUGCAGGUCCAAGGAUCAAGGGCCUUUUCCCAAAGCUUUCAAGAACUAAAAGGAGGUGGUUUGCGGUCGAUGUGGCAAGGCAAUGCUGUUAAUGUGCUAAAAGGGACUCCACAGUCCACACUGCAAUGUCUUAUCUAUGCACAGAUGAAGGUUUACACCCAAAACAGGAGCCAGGAGACUCUGACGGUGUGGCAGCGCUUCGGCUUGGGUUGCAUCUCUGGAGCUGUGGCCCAUGCUGUUUUCUACCCACUGGAGGUGUUGAAGGUGAGGCUGAAUCUACAGCAAUCUGGCACAUAUCAUGGCGUGGUGGCAUGCGCCCGAACUAUUUACAAACAGGAGUCCAUGUCAUCCUUUUACAGAGGCUUCAAACCCAGUAUCCUCUGCAUGAUCCCCUAUGCAGGUGUGGAGUGUGCAGUUCAUCAGUCGAUCAUGAGCUGGGCCAAAAGCGAUCCCGCUUACAACAGUGACUCCAAGCUGUUUUUGUUUAGUUUUGUGGCUUUUUCUUCUGGGCAAAUAAGCAGCUACCCACUGGCAGUGAUCCGGACACAGCAACAAGCUCAGGCCUUCAGCUCUGAUUCACGUCCAGUCUCUGGUGUGCUAUCCGGACUCACGGGGAUAUAUGAAAGGAAUGGAAUUAGAGGAUAUUAUAGUGGCAUGGGGGCUAGCUUUGUCAGGGCUAUUCCAUGUGCUCUGAUUAACUACAGCCUGACCAGGAAAUUUGAAAACAUGUUUUCUUCCAUGGGGUCUUGAGGAUCAACUUUUUUGUUACAUUGGCUUUUUUUUCAGUAUGAUAAAGUUUCCUUAACAAACUAAAGACUUCCUGUUGAUUCAUUUUGUGAAAUGUCUCCAACUACAUAAAUAAAACCAGCAUGAGGAGUGGACACCAUUAAACCUGC